GUUGCCCCAGUCCUCCUGGGUUUGCACUUCAACUGAGACCGCCCCAUCGUGCAAGAAGCAGCCAGCACCUGUAAAGGGUGGGGAAGAGACAAAGAAAGCAUCGCUUUAUAUAAGCUUAUAAAUAUGCUUUUUCCGCCCCGUUUGCAUGUAGUGCCAAGUCGACAGGCGCAGUGACGAACCUAAUGUUGCCACCUUAAAUGCUGUCCUGCAGCUUUGUCCGGGCUCACAGUUAUGGAAAGGCCAGCAAGACCCUACACGGGUUCGGCGGAGUCGGCUCAAUCGGAAAACGAGGAGCUUCUGCCACCACUUGAAGCAGUGUGUCGACAACUGGACGCCGACCUGGCACCAAGAUCAGCGCUCAAGGUCUAUCUACGCAUUCGACCAAGAGUUGGGGGCAGGGCGUUCACGAAUCCUGCGUUCCACCCAUGCGAUGAAACAACUGUGGAGUCUACAACCGCCAUUCUGGAACAUCAACAUAAGAAACGCUUUAGUUUUACAAAGGUGUUUCCAGAGGGAAGCAGCCAGGCGCAGCUGUUUCAAGAGGUGGUGCGGGAUCCACUUGAAGCCUUCGUGCAUGGAUCCAAUGUGCUGCUUUUUGCAUAUGGUCCUACUUCUGGGGGCAAGACCUACACCAUGCAGGGUCCACCGACUGACCCAGGAAUCGUGCCUCGCACUCUUGAAAGACUAUUCAAGCUGUGUGGACCUCGGGUGUGUAAGGGGGCACAAGUGCGCCCGGACUGCUUUGACGACGUCGUCCCACUCAGCGCAGAAGAGGAGGCCUCUGCACUCUUGCGGAAAGGCAAAUUAUUGGGCGAGAAAGCAGCCCGCAGUGCUGUAGACUUCAGCACCUUCCAUAUGCCCUCAAACAGCAGCGAUGAGUCCCUAUCCGACAGCUGUGACAGCAACUAUGGCGACAAAGAACAACAGGUGUCGCUGUGGCUUUCAUUCUACGAAAUUUACAACGAGGGCAUCUACGACCUGCUGGUCCCAUCAGCUGAGGCAGCCACAAAGAAGAAAGGCGGCCAGCGGCGCACCAUUCUGAAGUUGGGUGAAGACCGGGCUAAACGCGCAUUUGUGCGCGGGCUCGUCGAAGUGCCCGUGUACUCGGCUAAUGAGGCGUAUCGGCUGCUCUGCCUGGCACGCAACAACCAGACCUUUGCCGAGACUCAGCUCAACCGCAUCUCGAGCCGCAGCCACUGCGUCUUCAUGGUGCGGCUCGUGACCUCGAGGUUGGACAGCCGUGACGGCAGCCAAAACUGGCACGUCAGCACAUUGAUGCUCUGCGACCUAGCGGGUUCGGAGAGAGCAUCCAAAGCUGGCACUGAUGGGUGGCGGCUUCGCGAGUCUGGCCGCAUUAACAAGUCUUUGAUGGUGCUUAGCCGCUGCUUGGAGGGCCUACGUAACAACAAGGAUGCGUCCAAGAAGGCUCCGGUGCCCUUCCGAGAGAGCAAGCUCACCCAGGUGAUGCAGGCCUUCUUCACUACGGGUGGGCAAGUCUCUCUGGUUGUCAACAUCUGCCCAGCUAUGUCCAUGCUCGAGGAGUCGCUGAAUGCAUUGAAGUUCUCGGCUGUCGCCAUUGAAGUGGUGCCACUGCAGCUGGAAUCGCGCCAGGUUCGCUGCAAAGAGACUGUUCGUCGUCUGACUGAGCGGUGGCACCGUGCCAGUGGAGGCGAAGGGCUUCAUGACGGUUACCUUGCACCAAAUCUGCCUGAGGACAUGGCAGCACCUGCGGUCCUUAGAUGCUUAUGAGGCUGAAGAGCUCUUCGAGAUCAUCGAGGCACUCGAGCGGGACCUGGAGGACACCCGGAGCCAGCUCAAGUGGGCACAGAAGAUGGCUGCCGCACACGAAGCCGAAGUCAAUGACUACAAGGAGCUGGUGAAACAGCUGGAGCAGGAGCUGCGCAAUCAGCGCGAAAGUGCUGACCGGGAAAUGACAAUUCGUGUCCGUAAUGCGUGCGAGAUCACGCGGCUUCAGCUCUACCGCACGGCUGAGCGGGGCUGUACCAUGGACCUUUUGGGACGUCUUGAAGCAGCGCAGCGCGAAAUCGCCGAACUCAAGGAACAGCUGGGCAGACAGUCGGCUGCAUAAAACUCGUGUGGCUGCAGGAACGCGCAGAACACUCCGUCACCAGCUACCUCCUGCUCAAGUCGACUUCGCAUAACUGUGUCCCCUCGGUAGUGGAUGGCCGCUGUGAACUGCCCACAGGCAGUGCAAUUGCAUUAAUUAAAAAUGAGGGAUGGCUGUUCUUAAGAUAAUUUUUAAAUAUUUUACCAACCUAGAGACGUAUUUAUAAUACGUAUAUCAAUGACGCCUGCUGGAGCUAUGGUACCACGCCAGAAGAUCAGUGUCAGAGCUGGACCUGGGCCAUGUACAGUCAACCAUAAAAUAUUACAGACCAUGAAAAUAUGAGUAAAAGCUGAAUAUCUCCGCAGCCUCCCAACGCAAUCUGGCAUUUGCAUUGUGGGAUUCGACUAGAAUAUUAUAACAUUGUCGUAUACAGUUCUACUAGCUACUGCUACAGGCUGCUUUUGUGAGAUACCAUGGUCCGUAAACCUGUGUGGUUGACUGUACCACUCAAGUCGGCUUUUACUUUGUAUUCAUUGCUAAAUAUAAUAUUCAUUUCUCUAUUAUGUAUCUUGUUAGCGUUGGAUAAUGAAACAUACACAUGGACAGACAUGUCAGACGACGACCAUGUGCACAUAUGUGCUCAUGCGCCGGUCACAUGUAGGCUUGUUUAUACAAAAUGGGAACUAACAUACAAAGGACACUGAUAAGCAUCUAUAAGCAUUUUCCAACAAUUUAUUGUAAUUUUUAACCACAUGUUUCCUGAUACUCGCUACAUUCAGUUACAGCAAUGGGAAAAAUGAUUGAUAUUGGUGUUAGCUAAUUGCGUGAGAAUGCAUGCUUGUAUGCCGAGGGCAUGUGGGAAAUGCGUGCUCGUAUACGGUCCAAAAUGGUAAGCCAGUUUCGCUCGCUACUGCGGCACCAGCAGUGCUGGAAACUUGAUUCGCAGAAAUCUGCAUCUCGUCACUUUUACAUAUGCCUUGUACAGUGCAUCUGCCUUGUACAGUUCCAAGAAUCAAGUCUAGCAACUUCUUGCACAUGUUCUCUCGCGUGUAUAAUUUUGAAAAACAUAUUAAAAGCUGUAUUACAAUAGUUCUACAGUCAUUUACCCGCACUGCUGCUGGACUUGUUCUUAGGAGGCCCUUUAAAAUACUAGAUCAUGGAAAUACAUGACAAUCGAGCAAGACUGGGACAAAAGACAGGGUGGUAAGUCGGUUAAUAACUCACCAGAGUUAGUUCAAUAUUUCUUACAUGCUAGCAAAAAGUAUUAAAUGACUCUGAUGCUACACAUGAUUUUAUAAGCCAACGAGUCGACCUUUUUUUCUCGUGAGCCUGAUUAAACCAUUUUACCUUUUCCAGCCCAAAACUUCUAUAUGCAAUCAAACGUACAUUAUUUUAUUUGCCUUUUAUUUUAUGCACUGUCUUUUACCUUAUUAUCACUGUUAUGACUCAGCGCAGGCCACGUCGACUGUAUCAGAAAACUUUUAGUCACCUAUUUUAUAGCUACAGUCUUGUCUAAUCAGAUUACGUGUGCGACGCGCAACCUGUUGUACAUUUUCGAGUGUACACGAGCACCAUGCAAUUACUCUGCCAUGCGUAUCUGCCAUGUACUCAUCCUCGUCAUCAGCCUAUAUUUAUGUCCACUGCAGGACGAAGGACUCUCCCUGUGAU